GGAGUCGUGACGGUAGCCACAGAAUAUCUUAGAAUCUGACAGGUGGUCUGGUUAUUUUUUUAAAGGAAAUCUGUGCAAUUCUUUUUGGUUUCUAGAUGCAGUCUAUGUUAGUUUCAUUAGUUUUGAUUCGUUUUUAUUCCACAAGUUUCUAACGAUACUUAUUGACUAAUGAGAAUGGAUUAUGAUUACUUGAUCAAAUUUCUCGCCCUGGGCGAUUCAGGGGUAGGAAAAACCAGCUUCCUGUAUCAGUACACUGAUGGCACAUUCAAUUCCCGAUUCAUAUCAACAGUUGGAAUCGAUUUUCGCGAAAAACGUUUGAUUUAUCAAUCGAAAGGCCGCAAUUAUCGAGUGCAUCUCCAGCUGUGGGAUACUGCAGGACAAGAAAGGUUCCGCAGCUUAACGACAGCAUUUUAUCGAGAUGCUAUGGGAUUUUUACUUCUCUUUGAUUUGACAAACGAGCGAUCGUUUCUUGAGAUACGUAACUGGAUAGAACAACUCAGGGUUCAUGCAUAUUGUGAUACGCCAGACAUAGUAUUAUGCGGAAACAAAGCCGAUAUAGAAGACCGUCGCGUGGUUUCCGAAUGGAAAGCGAGAGAAUUUGCUGAAAUUAACGGGCUUCCAUACUUAGAAACAUCGGCCGCAACAGGUCAGAAUAUUUCUCGAGCGAUUGAGACGCUGCUGGAAAAAGUAAUGUACCGAAUGGAAACAGCAGUGGAUAUGGCGAUGUUACCAAAUCGUCGGGGUAAUCCAGGGGAUCACAGCCAAAUCGACUUAAGCGCUCCCUCAUCUGCUCAAAAAUGCCUUUGUUAAACGAGAUGGCCUAUUACUACCUACUCAACCGCACAAUGGUAAAACUGAAUCGCAUGCGGGCUAUAAUGUUCCCUUUAUUCGACACUAUUUUUAUUCAAUUCUUAAAUGGGUUUGUAAUUCCAGAACGGUAAAUGAGUGAAAACCAAGUCUCAUAUACAUAUAUUUAUGGCAAAACAUUCCACAUUUUGCAAAUCUUUGUUGCUUCUUUUAAAAACCUCUAAACCAUUAUCAUUUCCUUUAGCGCCGUCUUUAAAGUUGUUGGACCUUCGUGCCACAGUAUAAAGGGGUUGCAAGGGGAUUAUUUUUCAGGCUAGUUAUAUUGUAUACAUUAUUGAUUUAAAUUUUCUACGACCUUCUAAAUGGCAAAUUAUUAGUCUGAAAAAUAUAUUUUUUAAUAAGAAAUUAUUAAAAAUAAUUACUUAUCUUUACUAAGUACAUACCUAUUGAAUGAGAUCUACUCAAAACUGUGAGUUUUGAGGAUAUAAUUGCUGAUUUUGGAGCGAAAAGUCCAGGCAAAAACUAUAAUUUAUCUAAAACAUGUAUUGUUACUAAGAAAUGUUUAAUAUUUUGCAUAUUUUUUAAAUUUGAGGCUGUGGGCCGCUUUUGCAUUGUCGGGGCCCCGGGCCAGUGCCACUGUAGGCCCAUGCCUAAAGACGGCUCUGAUUUCCUUUUGCGAUAAAAAUAAUUUAAUAAGGUCUAUAAUGUGAUUCUACUGCGCCAGUACAAUAUAAUACGUAUAUACCUGCAGAUUUAAGUAAGAUGUCUAUACAUUGCUUAUUAUUGAAUAUGUAAUAUUAAUAUUAUAUUGAGUAUAUCUACAAGCUAAUGUGGCAGGGAUUUGUUGGUCCUGAAUAAAAAACUGUUGAAAAUGAGCACAUGAAAAUCAAUGUUAAGAAGGAUGAUUGCAUUUUUGAUUGGUAAGAUACGGUGGAAAGUUUAUGGUACAUUCCUCAACGUGUGUCUGUAGGGCGUUUUUAUUCUUCAGUGAUAGCGUUUCAAAUUCGAGAACUAUUCUUUAUGACAAGCUGAUAGUGUUAUUCAACUGUGAGAAAAUAAACUUAAGGUGGUUA